UCGCGGUCGGUCGGUGUCGGUCACACGUGUGCUUAGCUCGGGAAUAUAUUAUACACUAUGAUAUUAAUAUGUUUAUAUACUUACACAAUGGAUCGGCAGAACCCUCCGAAGCCCUGCGGUCAUAAUUUCACCGUAAUCUCCUCUUCGGUUCGGUCGUGUGCAGUGGCAACAGCGCGUGCGCCUUGUGCACGUAUUGCCAGUUCGUGUCGCGGCUCUUUUGCAUAAUACAAUAAUGUUAUAUUAUUAUAAUUGAAUACGCGCCUAACCAUUAUUUUAACCGUCCGAACUUCUUCAUAAUAAUAAUAAUAAUAAUAAUAAUAAUAUACAACUAGCUAGCCGGUGCGCCGAACGGCAAACGUUGCGUCGUUCAACGUCCGUUCAUAAUAAUAUUAUUAUGAUAUUAUUAUUACGUAAUAAAAUAUCAUAAUAAUAUUAUAUUAUAUCGUCGCCGAUUCAACGUAUAUGGUUUUUUUUUCUGAAAUGGCGUCAUCGGGGUUAGCCAUAUCAGAUACAAUGAUUACUUUAAUGUUGCUGUUGGGUUUGCUGCACAACGGAUUGUCGGCCAUCAGCGGAUACGAAGAAGUGGAAAAAAAUUUACUUAUGAAAUUAGGUUUAACCCGAAGACCUGUGGUAGAGAAAAAUAUGAAGAUACCGUCUUCCACAAUGGAGCUGUAUAAGUCAAUGGUAGAAGAAAACAAUGCAAUGACAACGCAUUUUUAUCUUCCUGGUUUGCACACAACGUCUGCCAAUACUGCUAGGAUUUAUUCCAGCAAAGGGUCAGCUCCAAUUAAAGCUAAGUCUAAAAAAUAUAGGCUACAGUUUGAUAUAGAUUCUAUACCGGAACAACACCAGGUUAAAGCUGCUGAAGUUCGUUUUACAAUGAAAUACGACCAAGUACUACGGAAUGGAGAAUUUAUUCAUGUGAUUUUACAUGAUAUAGUACAACCUGGUGAAAAGGGCCUAUCAAAACCUGUUCUCAGAAUUAUCGAUUCGAAAUCAAUUAAUAUAUCAACAAUUUCAAUGACCGAAAGUUUUGACGUAACACCAUUUAUAGAAAGACUGGCAAAGGACAAUUUCAAAGAUAACCAUGGUAUUCUAGUACAAUGCGUCACGGAGUCUGGUAGUCACACACAUUUGCUGAGCGUGUUUGAUUUUGUAUCACCUGAAAAUACAUUGCUAUUGGUCUACACCGAUGACGGAACAAGUGAGAAGAACUCGAUGGAACAGAUGAUGCGGCGGAACAAACGAUCGGCCAACGCUCCGGCGAGGCAGCGGAAGAGAGCGAAAUCGGCGCUCUGCAAGAGGCAUUCGAUGUAUGUGGAUUUCAAAGAAAUCGGGUUCGGAGAUUGGAUCGAGGCGCCGCCGGGGUACGAGGCGUUCUACUGCCACGGGGAUUGCACUUUCCCGUUGGCAGCUCACAUGAACGGGUCCAACCACGCGAUAAUGCAGAUGCGGAUAAACGCAUUUAACAUUGCGAGAGUUCCCCGGGUGUGCUGCGUGCCGACCAAGCUGAGCACGCAGACGUUGCUUUACAAAGACGACGAUGGAAUUUUGGUGAUGAAAAACUACCCGGAUAUGACCGUGGACGAGUGCGGAUGUAGAUGAGGGCGGCGGCGGCACUAUUAUAUUAAUAUUAUGAUACCUACAAGAUAAGUGUAAUUUACGAUACAACCUCAUGUCUGGAACAGCUGUAUUGCAAUACCUGGGUGUGUACUGUGUACACAACUACAACACGACCAUAAAACGUUGUCACGUUUAGUUCCAUGAGUUUAACUACAUGUUUUUUUUUUUUAGGAUUGUUUAGUUUUCAAGUGAGUUAUGAGCAUUUUUAAUUUACGCUAUAUUAUACACGCAUAACUUGCUAAAAAAUUGAACUGUCGUAAAUCACCAAAUUUUUAAACUAACGGAGCGUUAUCUGCUGAUCGUACAUUUUCCAUGUCACGCACUUGUGAGACAACACACAUGCGGCUGUUAAGACAUGUAAUGCACGUAAUAUAUCUAAAGUGUAUAUGUGCGUGCGUGUGUUCUUCCAAAUGGUCCAAAAGUGUUAACAUGAAUGUUAGAAUAAAACCAUUUUGUUUCCGGUCUGACUGAACUGGCUUAUUAUAAAUAAAUAUGUAUAUUGCACUAUAGUACUAUACUAGUGCAUUUCAAACAUUUCGUUUUAGCAUUAAUAACGUGUUAGUCAUUAUGUACAUUGUACAUAGAUAAAUUACAAGUAAAUAUUUACAAAAGGGCAUGAUUGUAAAAAGUACAAAACAAAUACAAUUUUAUUUAGUUUUAAUGUUGAAUAAUCAUGACCCUUGUGUCUUAGACAAUAUGUUUGUAUAAAAAAAACUAACAAUUUAAUUAAAAACCCGAAUUCUCAAAUCUCAUUAUACUGGUAUUGCUAUUCCUAUUAUUUCAAUUAAUUAUUUAUACUUUGUUUACGUUGUUUUUUUUAUGGUUCUGCAUACUGUAUUUUAAUUAAUAUUAUUAUUAUGUAAGUAUAAAAAUGUAAUUGCAUUGCACAUUGUGGUUUGUUAUUUUUUUUAUUAUUAUUUUGAUAUGUCACAGUAUCAGUCUGACAUGAUUCACAAAUUUGUACAUAUGUCUUACUAUUUUUUAAAUAUUUGAACUAUAUUGUGUAGGUAUAUAUUAUUAAAAACAAUGUUUAUUCAUAGAAAAAUAAAAUAUAAUAACUAUAAAUAACUAUAAAUAACUCAUAAUAAGUUAAAAUAUUAUUAUAAUGUACCUAUUUGAGUGAAAAUAAAAACAACUGGUAACAUUUUAAAUUCUAUUUCUAUUUAAAUUUUACGUUUAUUAGUUUUUGAAUUAUAUUAUUAUAAUAAGAAAAUCGUUCUGAGUUAUCGGGAGUUCAACCAAUGUCGUAAAAAUUUUAACUUAAAACACUGAAAAAAAUUGGUUUUCAUUUAUAUUCCAUUAUU